AUGAAGCCAUAUUCCAUACCAUUUGCUAUAUAUGAGAAAGGUCGUAACGAAAUUCGUCGUCUGGAAUCAAUCGAUGUGAUAGAAUCUGUUAACUCUAGCGAGUGGGCAUCACCUAUAGUUGUGGCAAGAAAACCCAAUGGUUCUAUAAGAAUAUGUGCAGAUUUCAAAGCAACUUUAAAUUCUCAAAUUGAAGUUGACAGAUACCCCAUACCACGUAUUGAGGACCUUUUUCAUAAACUCCAAGGAGGUCAAUAUUUUUCAAAAAUUGAUUUGAGUGACGUAUACUUACAAAUUGAACUCUCCGAAAAUUCUAAGAAAUUCAUGGUCAUUAAUACACCAUUCGGUUUAUAUAAAUAUUAA